AUGUCGUCGUCGGUCCGGCACGGCUCGUCGAGGGGCCAGGCAUGGUUCUGCACCACGGGGCUGCCCAGCGACGUCGUCUUCGAGGUGCACGACAUGACCUUCCACCUCCACAAGUUCCCGCUCAUGUCCAAGAGCCGCAAGAUCCACCGCAUGCUCAGCGAGCAGGAGGAGCAGCAUCCGGCGCGGGGGCGGCAGCGGCGGCGGAGACAGAUGAUGAGUAUUAGUGACGGAGGAGGCGAUGACGGUGCUGCGGAGACAGAGAUCGAGGAAGCAGAGGAGGAAGAGGAUGAAGACGAGCCGGAGCAGGAGCAGGUUAGGACGGGAGAGGGCGACGGGCAGCCGUACAGCAUUGCGUUCCCCGACUUCCCGGGCGGGCCGGGCACGUUCGAGGCGGCCGCCAAGUUCUGCUACGGCGUCCGCGUCGACCUCACCGCUUGGAACGUCGCGCCCCUUCGUUGCGCGGCCGAGUAUCUGGAGAUGACGGAGGAGCACGCCGAGGACAACCUCGCGGCGCGCGCGGAGGCCUACCUGAACCAGACCGUGCUGCGGCACCCUGGCGACGCCACCAAGGCGCUAAAGUCCUGCGAGGAGCUGCUGCCGCUCGCCGAGGACAUCGGCAUUGUGUCCCGCUGCGUGGACGCCAUCGCCGCGCGCUCGUCGGCCGCGUCGCGGUCCUGGUUCGACGACCUGGCCGUGCUCGGCCUGCGCAUGUACAAGCGGGUGAUGGCGGCCAUGGCCGCGCGCGACGACGUCAGGGCGGAGGCCAGGGAGAGCUGCCUGGUGUCCUACGCCAGGGGCACCAUCCCGGGGUUGUCGAGGUCCAUGCGGCGGCGCCUCGCGUCCGCGCCGGUGUCCUCGGAGGUGGAGCAGAAGGAGCUCCUCGAGGUGGUGGUCGCCAGCCUCCCCACGCACAAGUGCUCGGGGCGCGUGGUCACCGCCAAGUUUCUGUUUGCGUUGCUGCGCACGGCGCUCAUCUUGCGCGCGUCGGAUGCGGCGCGCAUGGCGCUGGAGCGGAAGGCCGCCACGCAGCUGCAGCAGGCCACGCUGGAGGACGUGCUCAUAUUGAACUACUCGGGCACCGCGGAGACGCUCUACGACGUGGACUGCGUCCAGCGGAUCAUCAGGUAUUUCCUCGCGGAGGAGGAGCCUGGCGGCGAGGCAUCGUCUUCGGCGGCGAUCGAGGAGGAGGAAGCGGUGGCCGCGGAGGUGGCGCGGCCGUCUGCCGUGGUCAUGGUGCAGGUGGCCAAGCUAGUGGACAGUUACCUCGCCGAGGUUGCGUCAGACGCCAACCUGAAGCCCGCCAAGUUCUGCGAGCUCGCGCUUUUGUUGCCCGACCAUGCCCGUAUCUGCGACGAUAGCGUCUACCACGCCGUCGACAUCUACCUCAAGGCGCACCCGCGGCUAACGGCGGAGGAGCGGGACAGGGUGGUGGGUGUGGUGGACUGCCGGAAGCUGACGGUGGAGGCGUGCACGCACGCGGCACAGAACGAGCGGCUCCCGCUGCGGGCGGUGCUGCAGGUGCUCUUCUUCGAGCAGCUGCAGCUUCGGCGUGCCAUCACGAGCACGCUCCUCGCGCCCUCCGCCGGCGGCGCUCCUCGGGCAGGCCCCAGCGAGGCGGCGGCGUGGCGAGGGGCGACGGCGCUGGCGCAGGAGAGCCAGGUGCUGCGGCUAGACAUGGACAGCGUGGCGAGCCGGGUGCAGGAGCUGGAGCGCGAGUGCUCCAGCAUGCGCAGGGCUAUUAAGAAGAUUGAUGGGCGCGGCGGCAGCCCGUCGCCGGGCCGCCGCAGCGCCGACGGCGGCGGGGAUGGGUCGAGGCACGCUGCGGGCGGGUGGAGGGCGCGGCACGGGUGCAAGUUCAGCACGCAGGUGUGCGACUCGCACGCGCGGAACGUGGUGGCGUCCAGGGCGUCCAGGAUGGGGAUGAGCCCGUAG